AUGCUAAAUGGAAAAGCGCACAAGUCCGGAGAGGACGAGAAGGAGAACCCUGACCCGAGCCUGAACCAGAACCAGAACCUGAACCCUUGUCCAGCGGGCGGCAGUGCGGGUUACAGCAGAAAGCCGACUCCCAGCGUCAAGAUCGACAUUAGCAGUUGCCAAUCGAACCAUCCGAUGGACGCGCGAAUGGCUGUGGCUCCCGAGGAGAUGGACUCCUCGGCAGGAGGAGGGGAGGAGGGGGGAGGAGGAGGAGGAGGCGGUGGCCUCCUAUUGGUGCCCACACAUCACAAUCUGCAGCUCGAUAAAAUUUCCGUGCGCUCGAUUAGUUCCGAGGAUAUAUCGAGUGGCGGCAGUGGGAGAUGUUGCAAUGCCGCCGCCCGUAACCCGGCCAUAAAAACGGGUCGGCGCCUGCAGCUCAUGCAGAUGAUAAUUCUACCAUUUAUACCAAUAUUGGCGUUGAUUGUGCAAACAUCGGUGACACUACAAGAGAUCCUGGAGUACCGUUCCGCCGUGGCCGACAUCGAGACACAGGUGACCAUUGCCACCGACUUGGGAAAGGUGGUAACACGCUUGCAACUGGAGCGCUCUGAAGUAGCCUUUUAUAUUUUCACAAACGGCAGCAAACAGCGAGCCAACUUAACACUGCGAUUUGCAAACACGGAUCACGCCUUGAACAACAUGACCACCUGGAGUGAAAUCAGUGUUCCUACAGCUCCAGACGAGGAUGAGGACGAUCGGGAGAUGAUGCUGAACCGAUACGAGUUCCAGAGUCGACUGAACGAGUUCAGGGAUCGGGUGCGCUUAGAACCGGAAGAGAGCUCCAUCACGGAGGUGAUGAACUGGUAUACAUCCAUCAAUCGGGGAUUACUGCAUCAUUUAAAUGAGCAAAUCAAGGAAACAGACAGCAGUGGCGUUUGGCGUUAUCUGGUGGGAUUCAAAAACCUUCUCAAAAGCAUUGAGUGCCAGAACAUCGCAACUUCGUUCGGCAUCAGAUACUAUGGACGAGGAUCCUUGACGGCCGAGAAUUUCGUGUCUUAUGUGCGCUACGAAUUCAUGGCCCGUGAGAUGAUCAACUCCACCCUGAACUACGCACCCAUGCUUAAGAAUAUGUACACCAAUAUCACCAGCACCAAGAAGUUCCAUCGUGCCAAACAAAUGAGCAACACACUGCUGAAGAACAAUCCGAAUGUUUCAAACGAGCGCAGUGCCAUCGAAUUCUACGAGUUGAUGAACAACUAUACCGAUGACCUAAGAAUACUACAAAAGGCCCUGCGACGAUUAAUCAAGGAGUAUGUGGACGAAACGCUGGUGCAGGCUGACCGAAAAGAGGCCAUUGGCAUAGCCAUUCUGGUUGUGGUGCUCCUGGUAUCGCCGGUCAUCAUAGUGCUGGUUAAGAAUGCCGCUGCCACGAUUCAGCUUUAUGCCUUCAAUCUGUCGCAGAAGGCCAAGGAGUUGAAGCGGGAGAAGCGGAAGAGCGACUCGCUGCUCUUCCAAAUGCUGCCCCCCAGCGUGGCCAUGCAGCUGAAACAGACCCAGCAGGUGCCCGCCGAGCUCUACGAGGCAGUUACCGUCUACUUCAGCGACAUCGUGGGCUUCACCGAAAUCGCCGCGGACUGUACUCCACUGGAGGUGGUGACCUUUCUGAACUCCAUUUACCGGGUGUUCGACGAGCGUAUCGAGUGCUACGACGUCUACAAAGUGGAAACAAUUGGAGACUCGUAUAUGGUGGCAUCGGGUCUGCCGGUGAAGAACGGAAACAAGCACAUCAGCGAGAUAGCAACAAUGGCGCUUGAUUUGCUAGACGCCUCGUCGGUGUUCCGGAUUCCCAGGGCCGGCGACGAGUUCGUCCAGAUCCGGUGCGGAGUGCACACGGGUCCGGUGGUCGCCGGCAUCGUUGGCACCAAGAUGCCGCGCUACUGCCUCUUCGGCGACACGGUGAACACGGCCUCGCGCAUGGAGAGCACCGGCGAGGCCCAGAAGAUACAUAUCACCGAGGAGAUGCACGACUCGCUGCAGCAGGUGGGCGGAUUCCGGACCGAGCACCGCGGCCUCAUCGAUGUCAAGGGCAAAGGCCUGAUGAGCACCUACUGGCUGACCUGCAAGGACGGGCCUGUGAGGGCUCGCGAGGAGAUCUCUUGGCGGGCGGACAUGCAGCCCGUGUUUCUGGAUCACUUGAAGCUGCAUCCGCCGACCGACUACAAGCUGCCGAAGCGAAAAUGA